AGAGCCUUUUUUUUCUUUUUUUUCCUUUUAAAGAAGAAGUAGGCCUAGAGAUAAAAUAGUUUUUUUUUCUUUAGCAUUUUAUGUGCGGCAAUACUCAUUUUUUUAGAGAUUAGUAUUUGUUCACUGUUGUGGGUUGAUGGUUUCUCUUAUUGUUAAUUCCAUGAUACUAAAAGUGGUGUUAUAAGAAAUCGAAUAGUUUGUGUUGGUCUAUUGGAGAGAGAUUUGUUGUGCAAGUUUAAAGUUUGUGUAGUAUUUGUUCACUGUUUUUUAUAAUCUCAAUCAUAUUAGCACUUACAGUCGUUUUGAUAUGAUUUUAAAUUAAAUUGGAAAUAGAAGGUGUCUCAGCUUCUCAGUAGUUCUCUUUUUUCCUUUUUUUACUUUUUCCUUUAUAGAAAAUUAAAAGCUUUUGUCAGGGUGUUGAAACAAUCAACAAACCGUAGCAUUCUAUAGCCUUUAUAAUGCAUUAUACUCAUUUUCUCAAACUUCAUCCACCAAAAAUGUUGGCACACACCCUUAGCUGCCCUCUUUUCAUCAUCAAACAACUCCGGUAAGAAAUGGCUUCCACGACAGAGGAAACAACCAUCACUUCCUUCGACAACCACGACGUCGUGGAACAACAGCACUAUGCUUACGCUAUGGAACUGGCUACCUUAUCGGCAAUGCCAAUGACACUCCAAACAGCCUUUGAACUCGGCGUGUUUGAGAUCUUAUCUAAGGCUGGAAAUGGGGCCGAGCUCUCUUCGACAGAGAUAACGGCUAAUAUAACCACAACAAACCCCGAAGCGUCAUUGAUGAUUGAUCGGAUGUUGAGGCUUUUGGCAAGCCAUGCUAUCAUGGGAUGCUCUUUGGCUUCUGAUGAAGAUGGGAAUGUGAAAAGACUUUAUAGCCUUACGUCAGUUUCUAAGUAUUAUGUUCGUAACGAAGAUGGUGUCUCUUUAGAUCCACUUCUAACACUACUCCAGGAUAAAGUCCUUCUGCAUACAUGGAGUGAGUUGAAGAAUGCAGUUAUUGAAGGGGGAGGUACUACUUUCACGAGGGCUUAUGGGGGAAUUCAUGCCUUUGAAUACCUUGGCAAGGAUUCAAGAUUUAACCAAGUUUUUAACAUUGCAAUGAUGAAUCAUUCCACUAUGCCCAUCAAGAAAAUUCUCAAAGUCUACAAAGGCUUUGCAAAGAUCAAGCAACUAGUUGAUGUAGGUGGUGGCCUUGGGAUCACCCUUCAACUCAUCACUUCUAUGUACCCUUACAUCAAAGGUAUCAACUAUGACUUACCUCACGUCAUUCGCGAUGCCCCUCCUUAUCCAGGUGUGGAACAUGUGGGAGGAGACAUGUUUGAGAAAAUUCCAAAUGGAGAUGCUGUUUUUAUGAAGUUGAUACUACAUGAUUGGAGUGACGAACAUUGCAUAACGUUGUUGAAAAAUUGCUACAAUGCAAUUCCUGAUGAUGGAAAGGUAAUCGUAGUGGACUCAAUACUUCCAACAUUACCGGAGACCACAAGUGCAACAAAAGCUGUUGCCCAAUGUGAUAUGGUUGAGAUGACUCUGUAUGAAGGAGGCAAAGAAAGAACUAGAGAUGAAUUCAAGGCCCUUGCAACCAAAGCUGGCUUUAAACAUGUCAUAUUUCAAUGUCUUGUGGCUAAUCUUUGGGUUACUGAGUUUCUUAAAAAUUGAUUGUUAUUAUUAUUACUACAUACAACUAAGGUUUUGGGAUGUUGUGAUCAUGGGUUUCAAACUGUAAUUAUAUAUAUAUACUACUACAUAUUUGGCCUU